CUACCUGAAACAAAAAAGCACAUAAAAAGGAGACAUUUCACUUCCAAUGGCUUCCCAUCAAGUUUUUUCAUCGUUCCUAUUCCUUCUCUGUCUCCUUCAAUCCAUUAGAGUCGGCUACUCGGCGACGUUCACCAUCGCAAACAAGUGCACCACGACCAUAUGGCCGGGCAUUUUGUCGAAUGCCGGGACUGACCAGCUACCCACCACUGGAUUCGCUUUGGGUCCUGGAGAGUCCAACACGUUUUCCGUUCCCACCUCGUGGUCCGGUAGGUUAUGGGGGCGGACGCUCUGCUCCCAGGACUCAACCACAGGCAAGUUCUCUUGCUUGACAGGUGACUGCGGAUCUUCGGCAGUCGAAUGUGCUGGCGGUGGAGCCGCGCCGCCUGCUACUCUCGCAGAGUUCACGCUGAACGGUGCGGGCGGGCUUGAUUUCUACGACGUGAGCUUGGUCGAUGGGUAUAACCUUCCCAUGUUAGUGGUGGCCGAGGGCGGGACCGGAGGGAACUGCACGACCACCGGGUGCGUGGUGGACUUGAACAACGGGUGCCCCUCGGAGCUGAAGGUGACGGCGAGUGACGAGGGCGUGGCGUGUAAAAGCGCGUGCGAGGCGUUUGGGGAGCCGCAGUACUGCUGUAGCGGCGCCUACGCUACGCCGGACACAUGCAAGCCGAGUUCUUAUUCGCAGUUUUUUAAAAAUGCGUGCCCGAAAGCUUACAGCUAUGCGUAUGACGACGGCACCAGCACCUUCACCUGUGCUUCCGCCAAUUACAUCAUCACUUUCUGCCCUGCUCCUUCGACCAGUGUGAAGUCGUCGAAUGGGACAGUCCCUGGUGCAGUCGGUGUCUCAGCUAGUUUACGUAAUACAACUCCCAACAUCGUCGUUUUCGCCGUCACUGUUAUGGCGGCGGCUUGGCGGUGGCUGCCGCUAUUUUGAAUCUCUGUAGCAGAUUUCACACUAGAGAUAUCUCAUCGGAGAUCUGACGUAAUAGGCCAGCAGUUUGAUUUCGAAAUACGUUGGGGGCCCAAACAUGUUGACCUUUUCUGAAAGCAGACGUCGGAGAAAAUGGGGCCCACGAUUCGAUCGGAGUUUACAACUUUGCACGUGGGUGUCAAACGGCGCCGUAACAAAGCUAUGGCCCCAUGUAUGCAACUUUGGUGAUACAUACAAACACAUACACACUGUGAUCCACGUCGUCUGAUUUCAAAAGGACACAUCAGGAGCGUUGCCUUUGCUGCAAUAAGCAGAAAGGGUUUUCCAUUUCUUUUUACUUAAUUAUUGUCAAUUUUCGGAUUUUAGAUUGAGAUGUAAAUAAGUAUAUAUAUUAUAAUAGAAAGUACAUAGAAUUAGUAGCUGGAAAUGUAGUUCUUUUGCUGCUAGAUGUAUGUUUUGGUCAGCAUCAUCAUGAAAGUCCGAACAAAAUGUGGUCAUGUCGUUGUUUCACACUUCGAAUUUCUGAUCAAAACAUGCAACAACAAAGAGCAUAUUAUCGAAUUAAUUAA